AUGGCGGCAACCUCGCGUCGCCGUUCGACACACGGCCUUACCUCGUCGGGCUCCUCAACGCAGCUUGCUCGACGAGGCUCCUCUUCCCGACUGGGUGGUGCGCGCGGCCGCUUCGACCCAGGUCUCAUGAUGUCAUCCAAUGCCGCUCCCUCCAACGGCAGUCGCAAUCCGGAUGAGGAGCGCAACGCGGACGACGACGCUGCCACUACCGCUAACGACAAGGCUCGUCGCAACAAGUCGACCGAUCGCCUUCCGCGCUCUAGGGACAACAGCAGCACCCACCUCAGCAGCAAGCGGUCCAAGUCAUACACUCACCUCGGCAUGACCGCUGAUGACGCCAGCAAUGCUCGACGACGCAAAGCAGCCAACAAGAAAGGCAAGAGUCAGCGUACAGAGGCCGGCGAGGACGGCUGGACCAGUGCCAGCGCCGACAACACUGCUAGCGGUCCCAGCGACAAUGACUCUACAUCCAGUAGCCCCGCAGACGAGGGACUGAUCCUCGGCAUCAAGAAGCGGCCUGCCAACCUCAAGCAGAUCUCCACCACAACCACCCUCCCCGAACCUAAGAAGGAGUCUUUCCCGCAACCGCCCGACACUCCCAAAGCCAGCUCAAAGAUGCUGCAGUCCGAGCAAGAGGAGCAAAGAGAGGCAAAAGUGGACGACAAAUCAAGCUCAUCCAGGCGUGCUGAGCCCCCAGCACCCCUUUCCCGCGAAGACACCUCCAGGACGCUCGUCGAUCAUCGCGACGAUGCUCCGGCCGCGGUCGCUGAUACAUCCUCAUCGGACUUGCAACACGGUUCAUCGUCGCGAGCCACAUCAGAAGUCGCAUCUCUCGACCAAAGCAUGUCUUCCCUCAAGCUCGACACCUCUGAUGCGGCUUUGGACAAGCCUCCGGUCAGAACCGCGUCCAGCCUGUCGCUCAACCCCGUCAGCCAGACGCGCCAUCACCGUGUCUCCUCCAGUGCCUCGAAUCGUACCUUGCGCUCCUCGAUGCCGAUGGCGUCGUCUCCUACGUCGAUCCGAUCCAGAUCGUCCGUCUUGUCCAACCGCUUCCCGCUGUUCUCCAGAGAGACGCAAUCCGCCGCACCACCCAUGCUCGACACACACAACGCCCUAGCAGGGCGUCUCGGUGCACGGCACGAGGACCGCGGCGACACGCUGUCCCCGCUGCCCGGUCCAAGCCGGACUGGCCGAAGCGUCAGCGCCAUGACGGCGAGCACCAGCGCACCUGUCGGCUUCGACCAGCUCCCACAUGGAUCCCUCGACAGCCGCUCCAACAUUCUUCACCGAGCUGGCUCGAGUCAGACGCUGCAUGCUCGCGUCGUCUCGCCCUCACCGUUGGCUUCGGCCACGCAGUCCGCCUUUGGCACUGUGGGACAUGCUUCACACCAGCGCGCCAGCACCGACCUGGUCAACGAUCGAAAAAGGACAUCCAAUUCUCAGAGUCUCACCGCUGCAGACGCCGCCAAGCUAGCCGCCAAAUUGCGACUCGCUCGCGACUCCAUGGACGAUCACGGGCUCGGCGGCUACGGCACCACAUCGCGUGGCGCUCAGGCUUACAAUCCGAGGCUCGAAAAGUACAAGAAGCCCGUGGUGUCCACCUUUGUCAAGGACGCAACCACCGAAGCGCCGCAGGCCGUCGAGGUACAGGCCAAUUCGGUCUACUCGAAGAUGUUCUCACAGGCGCACGACAGUCAGGAGGGCGGAGAUACCGACCGCCGUAUGAUCCGCUACGUCAUGGGCUACGGCAUCAGCGGUCCACCCAUCGAGAAAAGCAGUCUCUCGGAUGCGCUGCUGGGACCCAAUCUCGAUUUGGCCGAUUUCGACUCGAGCUGGGCCCCCGCGCUUGCCUACGCUGCAGGACUAGGAGCAGCUGUUGCGCCUCCGGUGCAGACCGAGUACGGACUGGUGACGCCGGAAGCACCCGCCGCUGCCGGCGGUCCCAACUCGACGCCACUGCAUCUCAUUCACGGACUCACCACCACAUCACCAGACCCUUUCCCUCUGGACCCAACCGACGUGCCUGCGCUUCAACAAACAGCCGACGUGUUCGACAGCCACCCGGUCUCGCAGCUGGGCCCGAACUCGACCCAGCUUGUCGAUCCGAGUCUCAUCCGGGCGAUCGCCAUCACGACGCACGCCAUUGCCGUACAUCGAUCGCACAUCGUCACGCGCCGCUACGCCGAUCCCAUGCGCGAAGGUCUCGACCGCGUCGUCCGCUCCUCUGGCCGCUUCGCGCCUCCGACAAAGAAUCCGGCGGCCAAUAGCAUCCCCAACUCACCCCACGUCGGCUCGCGAUGGGGCCGCAAGACCGCUCCCAACAGCCCGGUCGGCUCGCGCAUCGACGCCCGACCAGGCAGUCAGCACCGUAACAACUCGGAAGGCUACCAUGGUAAUACGGCCUCGUCGACGCUGUAUCAUUUGGUCGAUGCCGCAGAGCACCCGGUCAGGAGUUUGAAACGGGUCUGGUCUGGCGGUGUGGCGAGAGGUGGCUUGGCGGCGCUGACCAGGACCGAGGAAGAGCCUUGA